AUGCCAUCUGCGUUCGACGAUCUCUCAAUAGAAGAUGAACCCACUCAGAAUGCCGACUAUCUAUCCACGGCUUGGAAACUAGAAGACGCCCGAGCUACUAAAAAUUACAUCCACAAGCGACGAGCAACGAUACCGAACUUCAAGCGGCUAGAAAAUGCUCUCUGGAGGGCAUGGACACAACAGGAGCAGAAGAUCCCAUGUUUUUCACCGGUACUGCUUCGAUGGGACAAAGAAAGCGAUACAACUUGGCUCUUCGGGCCCCACAAAUCCUUCUCCGCCGAGCUAUCGGGCGCUUCUCCUCGAUUAGAAUCAAGCGCUUUCACACUCUCUGGGUCUUCUGAGAAGGAUUUUACUUCUGUGGAAACCGGUGAUCAACUUCUUAGCAAAAAGAGCAUAUUACUCUCUCCACAGCGUCGUCAAAUACAAAUAUCACUCGAAGACAAGUCUGGCGUAUCUCGAAAACAUCGUUCCCGCGAACUUUCUAACCGAGUCCGCUUUAACGACGAGGUUCAACAAGUCCUAUAUAUUCCAGAAACCGUUUACAGCUAUACCAAUUUCCUACCUAUUUAUGAGGCGCAAGAAAGUAUCACGAUAGAUGCGGAGAUCUAUCAUUUGCGAAUGUUUCUGGAUUAUCAGUCGCGGGAUCAACACCAUGUUGCCACUGCCACCAACGCAUUCCAAGCUACAGAGGGUUCUUACCACCCCCCUUUCCUCUCAGUAUCUGACUUCUACAUCGAUGAUGACGCUGCGCUUCAAUAG